AUGCUACCUUUUAAGAAAGCCGAUAGUCCAUUUAAAUCAAACCCGGUAUCACGAGUUGGAUCUUCUACUCGGUUGAAUCAAUUGGGUAAUAUAAAAUCAAAUCCAACUACACCUAAUGCAGCGUUAUAUGUCACUUCAUCAUUGAAUCCACUGAAAAAUUUGCCUACAAAUGCAGCUAACGUUAAACUGAGAUUACAAACACAAAAGGAUUUAGAUGCAUUUAAGCAAUUACCAAUGGUUCAAAAAGUCAACGAAUACGAAAGAUUACUCAACGAAUUAUCGGAAGCCGUGUCACAAUUCAAAAACGAUGAACUACAAGAGAAAAUUGGACAAAUUAUAACUUGUAAUGAUGUUUUGAAACAACAAAUCGAGGACUUGAACAAACAUAGAAACUAUAGCUACGAGGUAGACAAGCUAUCAGACAGAAAUAAAAUAUUAGAAGAGAAUUCAAAAUUUAUAUUGAAGGAGUUAGUGAGUUAUAGAAACGAACUAAAAAAGUUACCAAAAUUACCCAAAUCGGAUAAAAUGGUUAAUCGCAAUGUUGAUGUAGAUGAUAUUUUGAAAUAUGCUUUUAAAUUAGCCAAAUUUACCAAGGCACCAGCAACUGUCGCCAAUAUGCCUUUCCAAAUACAUCCAAACAACUAUGUAUGGCCCGCUGAAGAUUCAUUGAGACGCGGAAUGUUAGCACAAGCAUCUUUACAAGCAGAAGAAAUAAUACGACACGAAUUGGGAGAGACAGAUAAGGAAAACUCUAAUGAAGUGAAGACUGAAUCCAAAGUUGAUCAUGAUGACGAUGACGACGAUGAAAUGGAAGAUGUUAGAAUAUCGAAUGAAAAUACAAACGAUGAACAAAGAUCUAAACCACCUGCGGCUAGUGAACAUGACACAAGUAAGAGAAAAGAGGAACAAAAUCAACAACCAGUGGAUCUUAACUUGGACUUGUUUGAUCCUGACGACGAAUACUCAGAUUGA